AUGGCAGCUUUUAACCUCACCUCCUCUGAUAUGUCAACAUUCAUCCUAACAGGCAUCCCUGGCCUGGAACAUGCUCACGUCUGGAUUUCCCUCCCGUUCGCUACUUGCUACAUCAUUGGACUGUUGGGAAAUUUCUCCAUUGUGUUUAUUGUUGGCAAAGAGCAGACCCUACACCAGCCAGUGUACCUGCUGGUCUGCAUGCUGGCGCUCACAGACAUCGGCAUGUCUACCUCCAUCGUGCCAAAGGCCCUAUGUAUAUUUUGGUUCAAUUUGGACGUCAUCACAGUGAGUGGCUGCUUCACCCAAAUUACCUUUCUUAGCAUGGUUUCUGCGAUGCACUCAGCCGUCCUUGUGACAAUGGCCUUUGAUCGCUACGUGGCCAUAUGUAACCCUCUGAGAUACACCACCAUCCUAAGCAAUGUACGGAUAGCUACGCUAGGGAUGGUCAGUUUAAUAAGAGGGAUUCUCUGUGCACUGCCUGUGCCCCUGAUGCUGAGCCAGCUGCCGUUCUGCGGCAACCGCAUUAUCCCGCAUACGUUCUGGCUAGACCUGACGCUCAUUGCCCUAUCCUACUGUCUCAUCAUCAGGGUCAUUCUUAGCAUUUCGUCCAAGAAAGCCCACAAGAAAGCCCUCAACACCUGCACAGCUCACAUCUGUGUGAUGCUGACGGCUUAUACUCCCUCUUUCUUCUCCAACCUGACACAUCGGUUUGGUCAGGGCAUCGCUCCCCACGUUCACAUCAUCUUGGCCAACGUCUAUGUCCUUGCUCCCCCGCUGCUCAACCCCAUCAUCUAUGGGAUCAAAACCCAAGACAUCGGUUUGUUGCUGCUUUCAAGCAAUGCUGAAGAUGAAAUGUUGUUUCCUCAGAUCAAUUUGACACAAUCAAAACUGCAGAGCCAGAUACAAGAGGACUUUGGGAAAACCUUCUUCCUCUCCAGCCAUGUCUGA